AUGAAGGAGCUUGUGCAUGAUAAAGAUGCCGAUAAAGCUUAUUGCAGCUGCAAAGGAUUUGAAUUUUGGGGUAUUCCGUGCCGACACAUCCUAGCAUUCUUAAGAAUGAAGCAGGUUGAGCACUUGCCAGACAAGUACAUAUUGAAACGAUGGCUUCAAAGUGCGAAAAGCGGUGUAAUAUAUGAUAAGAAUCACAAAGAAGUUAACGAUUAUGUUGAUGGUUUGCUUUUGGUUAAGAGAUCGAAAGUUUGCAAAGUUGCAAGUGAUUUGAUUGAUUCGGCUUUAUUGUGUGAUGAAGGUUUCGAGUUGCUGGAAAAAUCUUUUGAGGACAUUCGUGGGAAGCUUACAAGCUCUUCAUCUUCCGACACAGUACUUGGUGGUCCAGUUGGUGAGAAUUUGCAGCCCACUCAGAGCACGCAGGACAGUGAACCUACUAUGACAAAGUCAUUUAUGCAAGAGUUUGAUUUCACGUAUGGUCCCGCAGUUUGA